AUGCAUUCUGAACUUCUGGUUGGCUAUGGUCUUCAUGAUCCUCACUCUUCUUCACACGAUCACAAAUUAAGAGCAGUACCGGUUCAAAUGGCAGAGGCGGGUAUUGGUGCAUUAGGGGCACGCUGCCGAGCUGAAUGGAAGGCAAAAGCACGUUUGUGUGCGGGAAGUGCUAAUAGUGGAGUGCUGAAGGGUGAUAGUGGGGCCGGAGUGAAUAUGGACAUAAAUCAUGUAAAUUUUUUUACACAUGGGGUCAUGUCUAUGUAUAAAGAUGGUAGUCCCAGCCGCCACUUAAUUCCUGAUAUUUAUACACCUGUAGCUCCGUUUUGUGCUUGGAUAGAAAGCCUUACCAGUGGGUCAGCUCGGUGUACAAAUCCGUACGUGAAGGACCCGAAGUGCUACACCAAAGAUGAAAAGAAUUUUUGAAAAGAAGAAAGAAUUGUAAAACCCCCGUCUUCCUUGUAAAACCCGUCUCCCUUCUUCCCACCUUCUGCCUUCUUAAUGCCCUAGCC